AUGGCUUCCAUCCUGCGAGCCUCUGCCGGGUUGCGCAGUGUUGGUCGUCUGGCGGCUCCAGCUCGUUUUACCUUGAGAUCAGCGCCUUUUCGAGGUUUAGCGACAAGCACGAAUCAGCAGAAAGCUGCCGCCGUAGCCCAGGCUCACAUUGAAACUCCUUCGAUGGAGACAGCAUUCUUUCCUGAUGAACCGGUUGGGCCUACGGUGGUUACGCCUAUUCCAGGGCCCCAGAGCCAGAAGGCCAUUGCAGAGCUUGACAAAAUAUUCGACACUCGCAGCCUCAACAUGCUGGCAAAUUACCAACAGAGUUACGCCAACUAUAUAGUCGAUCCUGAUGGAAACGUGCUACUCGAUGUGUACGCACAGAUUGCUUCCAUCCCUGUUGGUUACAACAAUCCUUCGCUGCUGCUCGCGGCCACCAGCCCAGAGAUGGCCUCGGCGAUCAUCAAUCGGCCCGCGUUGGGCAACUUCCCUUCGCACGACUGGGCCUCGAUCCUCCAGACCGGUAUUCUUCGAGUGGCACCAAAGGGCAUGGACCAGGUCUUCACUGCCACGGCGGGCUCCGACGCCAAUGAGACUGCCUUCAAAGCCGCUUUCAUGUGGAAGCGACAGCAAGAGCGUGGAGGUCGAGACGUGGAGUUCACCCCAGAAGAGAUCGAGAGCACCAUGAAGAACCAGAAGCCUGGCUCCCCUGAUAUGUCAAUCAUGUCGUUCAAAACUGCAUUCCACGGCCGUCUGUUCGGGACUCUAUCGACUACACGCAGCAAACCCAUCCACAAGAUCGAUAUUCCAGCCUUUGACUGGCCGCAGUGCUCCUUCCCCUCGCUGAAGUACCCGCUCGAACAGCAUGCCGAAGAAAAUGCGGCUGAGGAGAAGAGAUGCCUGGAGGAAGCCGAGCAUAUCAUCAAAACAUACCACAAUCCUGUGGCCGCUGUGAUCGUCGAACCCAUCCAGUCUGAAGGCGGCGACAACCACGCCAGUCCUGCCUUCUUCCAAGGUCUGCGAGAAAUCACCCGCCGCAACAAUGUUCUCCUGAUCGUCGACGAAGUCCAAACUGGUGUCGGCGCGACGGGCAAGUUCUGGGCUCACGAUCAUUGGAACCUGCAAGACCCGCCAGACAUGGUGACAUUCUCCAAGAAAGCACAAACAGCCGGCUACUACUUUGGCAACCCAGACUUGCGACCAAACAAGCCAUAUCGACAAUUCAACACCUGGAUGGGCGACCCGGCACGAGCAAUUCUCUUCCGCGCCAUCAUCAACGAAAUUGAGAGAUUGAAUCUGGUAGAGAAUACGGCGGUGGUCGGUGACUACCUAUACGCAGGCAUUGAAAGACUCGCUCAACAGUAUCCUGAACAAUUUCAAAACCUCAGAGGCAAGGGCCAGGGCACUUUUAUUGCCUUUGACAACCCCAAACGUGACGAAUUCUUGGCCAAGGCUAAGACGCUCGGUAUCAAUAUCGGUGGCAGUGGUGCGUCGGCAGUGAGAUUGAGGCCGAUGCUGAUAUUCCAGAAGCACCAUGCGGACAUUCUGCUCGAUGCUUUGGAGAAGCUGGCCACGUCUCUGUGA